CACAUUGCUGUCUCGUUGUAUCUCGACACCACUGAGAAGGGCUACUGCUACUACUACUACUGCUGCUUCACUCCAGUGGUAAUGAAGAGCAGGUAUCUUUGCUACAUAUACCGUCCGUUGUUGUGUUAAGGUGAAACAACAUUCGGACUCCCCGGUCCCAGUAAACGCUUUAAAACAAUGAAUGUUCUUGGGGGGAAAACCUCUGCCUGGUAACUCACAGAAAACUGGAAGGGGGAACGAGAAGAAACAAAAAGGUGCCAAAUUAUUUCGUGUUGCAUUGCCUAACCUGGAAUUUGAAUGUCGAGCUGAGAGUCGGAAGAUUGUUAAAGGGAGUGUUGGAACACAAACUGGGAAUUGUAGUUACAGCAUGGAAGAAAAUGGUCUGCAUAGCAGAGAAGUGGACAGUCACGAGUCCAGUGAUCAAUCAAACCAAGCAGUCAUUCCACUUUUACAAGCCCCUGGGAACCAUCAGCACCCUCAUCGGAUCACCAACUUUUUUAUUGACAACAUCCUUCGACCUGAUUUUGGCCGUAGGAAGGAUAGCUUCUGCCAUCGUGAACAGAGCUACAUACCUAGUACCGAAAACCUCGUCUCCUCGCCCCCGGGAUCCGUGCAAGUAAGAGGGACAGUGAACCAAGGGGACGAGAGUCCCAAGGCAAACGUUAACGGUGAAAAGAAGGGCGAUCUUAGCACAGACGGACCACUGAAAUCCCGAGGAGUAAAUGCAGACCAUUCCCCGGGUUCGGACUCUGAUAGUUCCCAAGCAAGCUCCACCACACAUGCCUCCCAGCCUAUGCUCUGGCCAGCUUGGGUUUAUUGUACCAGAUACUCAGACAGGCCUUCUUCAGGUCCCCGGUCUCGCAAACCAAAGAAGAAAGUCUCUAACAAAGAGGAUAAACGUCCCAGGACGGCCUUCACGGCCGAACAGCUCCAGAGACUGAAAGCUGAGUUUCAGACAAACCGAUACUUAACGGAGCAGAGAAGGCAGAGUCUGGCCCAGGAACUGAAUCUCAACGAAUCUCAAAUCAAAAUCUGGUUUCAGAACAAAAGAGCCAAAAUAAAGAAAGCAACCGGCAGCAAAAAUAACCUGGCAAUUCACUUAAUGGCACAGGGACUCUAUAACCAUUCAACAACCACCAAGGAUGACGUUAAGUCCGACAGCGAAUGAAGAGGCCUUCAAAUCAGACUGAUUAUUAAAAUGCAAUAAUUUAAUAAAUAAAAAAAAUUCAUUAAUAAGGGCCAGUGUAUAAAACCUACCAGCAUAUUAAUAGUUUUAAAAACAUUGUGCUAGAGAUAACUCUGAAGAGUUGUGUACAUAUCUAUAUAAUUCGCAGGUGAAGUGCUGUAAAAUUGAAAUAUUUCAAUAUAAAGUAUUUUUCUUUUGUUUCAUGGACAUGUACAUUAUAAUUUUCGUGCUUUGGUUACAUUUGAUACAAAUCGCUCUCAGUGGAUGUUGGAUAAUUUAGACAUAGUUUGAAGUUCAAGAUAAAAAAGGGGAAACAAAAAAAUUGCUGAAGUCCAAAGAUUUAUUACUGCUGCAUUUCAAGCAACUGUGACAUAAAUAAAUUGCUAAUUCUAACAAGAUUUUUUUAAGUAUUGCAUUUAAAGGACAAGGCAAUAGAGGUCCUCGUAUUGUUUAUUUGCUACUUAUUUAUAUAUAAAACAGAGUGUGGAUAUGUUGCUCUGUCUUUAUUUACAUUUAAUGCGUUGUUAAUGUAAAGCCACUAGGCAUUUUUUUCACGUGAAAGCUUUUUAAGUGGAAUACAUACUAGCAUAUUUUAUGUUCUUUCAUAUAUAUGUGUAUGGGUGAGUGUGUGUCUAUGUUAAGAUUUGAGGGAAAUCCAAGAGAGAACAUUGCAAAAUGUUUUUGAUGGAAAUUAAACGCAUUAAUUUUUGAGGUGAUGUGACUGGGUAUGGGCCACUUGAACAAAUGCUUUACCUAAGCAUCUACCGAUAUGCUAUUAUGCUAUAUACCCUUAAGGGAGCCUUCUGUCUGCCUUUCAGAUUUAAUGUUGUAUGGUUGAAAAUAAAUUAUAUAUUUUUGUA